GUUCUCGCCGCAUUUAGCCUCGAACCGUCGCCAUUUCAGCAGCGCAAUGAGCCGGCGGCGACGAGGCCUCGGGCUCUGCGCAGUCUACAUACGCGUGCGCAGCAAACUCAUCAAGCCACGCAUGCGCGGCGAGACGUUCCGGCGCUGGGUCGCGCGCAACAUGGACAACUCGCUCCUUUCGUCGAUCCUCGAUAUCGUCCAAGUCGGCAUGGGGCUCAUUGCGACGCUCUUGUACACGGACAAGAACUGGUACAUGUGGAACACGAGCGUCGACAGCGCCAAUCUCGGCCUCGUCCACGCUUUUAUGGGCGUCCUCUUCGCCCUCGACUACGCCCUCUGUUUCUAUGCGGCCGACGACCGCGUCGCCUUCUUUGUCGAUCCGGUCGCGCUCGCCGACUUUAUUACGAUUUACCCGCAGUUCAUUGACGUGCUCAUCUCGCCGGCCACGUACGAAGCCAACUACAAUUUUUACGCCGCGCUCAAGAGUCUCAUGCCGUUUCGGUGCCUCCGUUGCUUUCGGCUCCUCUCGUUUGCACGCACGGCCAAGCAGCGCGAGACCGGCACGCUCUUCUUUGGCGUCGUCGCCAUCAUCAUUUGUUUCGGCGCGCUUGGCCAGGCCAUCGAGGCGUGUCCGUGCAAGUCGAACGUCCCGGACCCAAGCCGGUGCACGGUGCUCCAGAAAAACACCACGUCGGGGCGCUGUCAAGAUCUCUCGAUCUACAAUGCCAUGUACUUUGUCGUGAUUACGAUCGCGACGCUCGGGUAUGGCGACAUUGCGCCCAAGUCACAGCUCGGGCGUGUGAGCGUGACGCUGCUCAUUAUCGUCUCGAGCGUCAUCCUACCCAUGCAAAUUAGCAAACUCAGCGACGUUGUGAGCCGCGAAGUAGGCGUCAACUGCGUGGAUCACGUUUACCGGUCGGAAAGAAAACAUCCGCAUGUGGUGCUCUGUGGGGACGUGACGGCGUCAGCACUCGACUUUUUCUUGCGUGAGUACCUCCACCCGCGCAAUAUGAACUGGAAGGACAAGGUGGUUAUUCUGUGUCCGACGCUGCCAUCGCACAACCUCAAGCGCGUGCUUCUGGACCCGGCGUACGAGCAGCGCGUCAAGUACCUCCAGGGCUCGGCCAUGUCCCGCACCGACUUGCUUCGCGCCAAGGCGGGCGUCGCGAAAGCCUGCUACGUCAUGGUCGACAAGCGCGCCGUCGACAGCGACGCGGCCGACACGGCCGCCAACUUUAUCACGAUCUCGCUGCGACACUUCAACAAGCACGUUCCACUCUUUGUGCAAGUCGGCAAGACGGACAAUGUUCGCCACAUUUCGCUCUCGGGCGCGAGUAACAUUUUGUGCAUCGACCACCUGGUCAUGGGCAUUCUGGCGAAGUCGUGCUUGAUCCCGGGCCUCCCCGCGCUUUUGACGUCGAUCCUCUUUAGCAUUACGAGCCCGCCUCGUCUUAAUGCGGCGGGGCAAGCGACAUGGGUUCACGAGUACCUCGGUGGCGCGAGCCACAACAUUUAUGACGUGACCCUUCCCACUUUUCUCGAAGGCAACGUCUCGUUUGCCUUCUUCGCCUACCUCCUCUUCAAGGAGCUGCAUAUCGUCUUGGUCGGCAUGUACGAUAGCGACGACGGGUACCGGUUGUUUCCGUCGUCCGAGCGACUUCGCACAAGCCACACGCUCUUUGUGCUGGCGACGACGCCCCAGUGUCGCCAGCACGUGCGCGGCAUCACAUUGGCCAUGCUCCAAAAACACAAAGCUCUCUUGCCCACGUUUGACGACGUUUCCCAAGCCUGGAAUUUCAUCACGUUCACAACCAAGCUCACCACUACCAAGGGUGGGCUCUUCUCGGCGCGGACGUCGAUCACGCAAGCGAGCUCGCACCAGUCGCACCGCAAUAGCUCCAUUGUACCGCGCACGAGCCGCUGCGGGCCCGCCACCGCGUUCGAGGCCGGCCUCUCGCGCGUCGACUCAUUUGUGAGCGACGCUGGUCUUUUGGUAACCGAGCCGACCGAACCAGUGACUGUCCUUGACGAGACAUGUCCUCGCGUGCCACGACUCGCCUUGCCGUCAUCGGUCGAGGACGGCGAAGGCCCACUCUUUGCGACCGCGCUCCUGCGCGACCGAAGCUACCCAGCAGCGGCCACAGAUGCCUACGGCAAGUUUCUGGCCACCGCCGUGCCCGACACAAUACGUGGGCACAUUGUACUCUGUGGCCUCCCGACCGCCCUCCAAGACUUUAUCUUGCCGCUGCGCAACGCCACCCUUGGCGCGGUGCUUCCGAUCGUCGUCGUCAGCAGCGCGCCGCUCACCGAGGCCAUGUUUGCCCGGCUCGGCCGUCGCGACCAAGUGUACUACGUGUGUGGGUCACCACUCUCGGAAGCGACGCUCUCCUUGGCGUGCGUCACGGCCAGCAAAAGCGUUGUCAUCUUGGCCAGCUGCGCACAGAGUCCGCCGCACGUCGACGACGACGACGAGGCUUUGGAGACCGAAUCAAAUGACGUUAUUGACCACAACAUGCUCGACACAGACGCGAUCACACUGCAUCGGUUCAUCACGGAAGUUUGCGAGACCUCGAUCGAUGAAAACGCGCCGCGCCCCUUAAUUGUCAUUGAGCUGAGCCGGCCGAGCAGCGUCCGGUUCCUGAAGACCUUUAACGACGAGGACAUGAUGGACACAACAAGUGGAAAGCAGCGAUCCAAUGAGCUCCUCGACAGCAUUUGCCACCCGCUGUUUGCUGGCGGUCAUAUUGUUGUCUCGAAUGCGCUCGAUGCGAUCCUUGGCAGCUGCAAAAUGACCGGCAGCGGCAUUGAUUUCCUCCACCUCUUCGUGUUUGGCGAGCCGGAUGAUACCGAGCAGCCUCGGGCGUUGACCCAAGUGCCAGUGCCCGCAACGCUGAUCGGUCAGUCGUACACAGCGUGUUUUGAAGCGCUCCUUCUGCACGAGGAUACGCUGUGUCUCGGCGUCUUUCGCGCGAGGACGUCGUUGGUGCACUAUACGUACAUCAACCCAGUGCCCGAGAUGGUCUUGGGCGCCCACGAUCGUUUGUUUGUUGUGCGAUGAGAAAGCGAGUAAUGUCUUAUACAAUCGUAUGAUCCCAUGAUGAACGGGAGCAACCAA